AUGAUAAAAAGAUUCCAUUCUACUUUGAGAUGUUCAUAUAAUCGUGUCAGCCAUGCUUUGCAAAAUGUUGCAGAUCCUAGUUUCAAGAAUGAACAAUCGUUUAGUGUCUACAUAAGCUCCUUGUGCAAGCAGAAGCUUUUCAAAGAUGCCCUUCGGGCCUUUGACGCAUUAGAAAAGAAUGCAGAUUUCCUGAUAGAUCCAAGUACUUAUACUCAUUUGAUAUUUGCAUGCUCGUCUUUGAGAUCAAUAGAAUAUGGAAGAAAAAUUCAUAACCACAUCUCGAACUCUAAUUUUCUUCCCAAUAUCAUCCUCGAGAACCAUAUUAUCAAUAUGUACGGAAAAUGCGGUUCGACAAAAGAUGCCACGAAUGUCUUUGACAAUAUGCAGAUGAGAAAUGAGGUGAGCUGGACUGCUUUAAUCGCUGGUUACUCACAAAAUGGUCUCGACAUUGAAGCCAUAAAUUUGUAUAUCCAAAUGCAGCAGUCUGGUUUUAUCCCAGAUCAGUUUACGUUCGGGAGUGUGAUUAAAGCUUGUGCAAGUCUGGCUAAGGCUGCUUUAGGUGUUCAAUUGCACGGGCAGGUAAUUAAAUCCGAAUUUGGUUCUCACUUAAUAGCUCAAAAUGCUCUUAUUGCAAUGUAUACCAAGUUCAGUCAAAUUAAUGAGGCCCGCGAUGUGUUUUCCCACAUGAAGUCAAAUGAUUUAAUUUCAUGGAGUUCAAUGAUUGCUGGGUUUUCAAAACUUGGUUACGAAUUGGACGCUUUAUGCUGUUUCAAGGAAUUUCUGUGUCUGAGUACGUACAAACCGAACGAAUUUAUUUUUGGCAGCGUUUUCAGUGCCUGUGGCUCAGUUGGUCAGCCAGAAUGCGGAGAACAAAUACACGGGCUUACUAUUAAAUAUGGGUUCGAAAGCAAUGCUUUUGCUGGUUGCUCGCUAACUGAUAUGUAUGCAAAAUGCGGGUUGUUUAAUUCGGCCAGAAAAUCGUUUGGAUUGAUAGAAAAUCCCGAUAAAGUGUCCUGGAAUGCACUUAUUGCGGGCUUUGCAUACGGAGGUGAUGCAAAUGAAGCCCUGUCAAUUUUCUCCCAGAUGAGAAAAUUAAGGUUUGCCCCGGAUGACAUCACUGUUCGUUCUUUACUUUGUGGCUUCACAGAUCCAUUUUCCUUAUCUCAAGGGAAACAAGUUCACUCUUUUAUAAUAAAAAUCGGGUUCAGUCUGGACCUUCCCGUAUGUAAUACUUUACUCACCAUGUACGCUAAUUGCUCUGAUUUCGAAAAUGCGUAUAGAAUGUUCGACGAAAUUCAGGGCAAUGCUGAUUUAGUCUCCUGGAAUGCUAUACUUACCAUGUGUGCGCGUCAGCACGAGGUAAAUGAAGUUUUCCCGUUAUUUAAGACGAUGCUGUUAGUUCAUGGCAAGCCCGAUCGCAUUACUUUGGCCAUUGUGCUUGGGGCCUGUGGAAAAAUCGCCUCUUUAGAAACGGGGGCCCAAGUUUUCUGCUGGGUCGUGAAAACCGGGCUCGACUCGGACAUAAUGGUCGUGAAUGGGCUUCUCGAUACGUUCGUCAAGUGCGGGGCCCUCGAGAGGGCUCGGAAGCUUUUCGACUGCAUGAGGAAUCCAGAUGUUGUCUCGUGGAGCAGUUUGAUUGUCGGGUACGCGCAGUAUGGCCACGGGCAGGAAGCGCUCAAUCUUUUCCUGAGAAUGAAAAAUGGAGGCGUGAAGCCGAACCAGGUGACUUUUGUGGGUGUUCUGACGGCAUGCAGCCAUGUGGGGCUCGUGGAUGAAGGAAUGCGAUUAUUCGAGUCCAUGGAAAAAAAUCAUGGUGUGGGCCCCACAAAGGAGCACCACUCGUGCGUGAUCGAUCUGCUGGCUCGGGCGGGUCGGAUUCACGAGGCAGAAGCUUUCAUGGCUCGGAUGGGAUUCGAGCCUGAUAUUGUGAUGUGGAAAGCACUUUUGUCCGCGUGUAAGAACUUUGGAGAAAAUGAGGUUGGGAGAAGGGCGGCCGAGAAUAUCUUGACGAUGGAUCCUUCGAAUUCGGCUGCGCACGUUUUGCUCUGCGGUUUAUAUGCCUCGGCGGGCGAGUGGAAUGACGUGGCGGGUUUGAGGAGUUCGAUGAGAGAGAAAGGCGUGAGGAAAGUCCCGGGCCGGAGCUGGAUCGAGGACAAGGAUGGGAUUCACGUGUUUUCGGCCGAGGAUGGAUUGCAUCCUAAGAGGGAUAGGAUUUUUGCCAUUGUAGAGGAGUUGUGGUUGCAGAUUUUGGAUGACGAUGAUUGUGUUCUGUCCUUGGAAUUGGAAUAG